AUGGUCUUCCGCUCGCCGCUGGACCUGUGCGCCCCGCACCUGCUGCUGCCCGGCCUGGCCGAGGGGCAGCCCCGUUCGCUGCUCGGGGCGCGGGCCGGCGGCGGCAGCCGGGCGGGCGGCGGCGGCGGAGGCGGCGGCGGCUCCCGGGCCCCCGCGGAAGACACGUCCAUGUUCCAGCUGCCCACCCUCAACUUCUCGCCGGAGCAGGUGGCCAGCGUCUGCGAGACGCUGGAGGAGACGGGCGACAUCGAGCGGCUGGGCCGCUUCCUCUGGUCGCUGCCCGUGGCGCCCGGGGCGUGCGAGGCCAUCAACAAGCACGAGUCCAUCCUGCGCGCGCGCGCCGUGGUGGCCUUCCACACCGGCAACUUCCGCGACCUCUACCACAUCUUGGAGAACCACAAGUUCACCAAGGAGUCGCACGGCAAACUGCAGGCCAUGUGGCUCGAGGCGCACUACCAGGAGGCCGAGAAGUUGCGCGGCCGCCCGCUCGGCCCGGUGGACAAGUACCGCGUGCGCAAGAAGUUCCCGCUGCCCCGUACCAUCUGGGACGGCGAGCAGAAGACGCACUGCUUCAAGGAGCGGACGCGCAGCCUGCUCCGGGAGUGGUACCUGCAGGACCCCUACCCCAACCCCAGCAAGAAACGCGAACUGGCGCAGGCCACCGGCCUCACCCCCACGCAGGUCGGCAACUGGUUCAAGAACCGGCGGCAGCGCGACCGCGCCGCGGCGGCCAAGAACAGGCUGCAGCACCAGGCCAUCGGGCCGGGCAGCAUUCGCUCGCUGGCCGAGCCCGGCUGCCCCACGCACACCUCGGCAGAGUCUCCGUCCACGGCUGCCAGCCCCACUACCAGCGUGUCCAGCCUGGCGGAGCGCGCCGACACCGGCACCUCCAUCCUCUCGGUCACCUCCAGCGACUCGGAAUGUGAUGUAUGAUGGCCUCCUGCCCUGUGACCCUGGUCUUUUUCCCCCCCGUGGCCGCAGGCUGACCCCCGCACACGCACACACCCUCCUGCAGACACGCGAUGGCCAGAAGGACUGUCCUGCGCGGCCUCACACCUGCCGUGCGCUUUCCUGGACCUGCGGCUUCUCCUUCCGGUUCCCAGGGGCCGGCACCCCACCUGCAUGAGAUUUAUUUCUGUCUGGGAAAAUAUUCUCUCUAGUUUAAAACGAUUCACAAAGAGUCGACUUUCCAAAAACCACCACGUGAUGACAAAAAGCAAAACUGACACAAAGAGAGAAAAUGAAUCUGCCACCUCCGUUCUGAAUUUGUUAUCCGAAAAAAGAAAAAAAAAGAAAGAGAAGAACUUGAGAGGGAAACAGCCAGGGUCUGGCCCUUUCUGUUGCUCUCUCCUCUGCUCUCUCGCUCCUUCUUUCUCUCUGUUUUUAAGUCCAGAGUACUGGUCAGAUACGACGCAAGUUUCUGUUUUUUGUUCAGCAGACAAUCAUUUUCUUCGUAAGCACCUUCUCCUCUCCUCUCUGUCACUGCCUGUGUGGGUACUGGUUAUAAAUGUGGAAAAGAAUAGUUAUGACUGUAACAGAUUUUUAUUUUUAUUUCAAAAUUUUAUAUGAAUUAUGUAUAUCUUAAUGAUCGGUCAUUUUCCCAGUUUGUAAUAUAUGUGUAGAAAUUGCCUGUAUAUGAUAUUGCUUUUUCUCCCCCUUCCUUUUCUCCCUCUCCCUUGCUCCUCGCUCACUGGUCUCUGUCAUUUUUGGGGUCCUUCUCCCACCGGGAUUCCCUGUCUUGGUUUUGCAGCCAGGCAUGUGGUGGGGGCCCGGCUGGGCUGGUGGGACCCCUGGCUGUGACCGCGGGAGGCUGUCGUAUUCUUAUGCAAACGCUAUUUCAAGUAUUUCUUAGCCGCUUUGGGGAAAUCGCACUCUGGGUCGCGAGCUUCUACUGUUAUCUUAACUGCGUGUUUAU